AGAUCCAGCCACCCGAAGCUCAGCACGCGACGAAAAGUCUCGCGGGAUUUCGCUCGUGGAUGCCAUGGCCAUUGACUUCGAAAGAAGCCCUUGGGGCUCCUGGACGGAGUAUGGACGCAGCCUCGGGGGCGCUGAAGAGGCUGUGGCUGCGACCAUCGACCAGAUCUUGACAGAUGGUGGCACCCUGCUCUGGCAGAAGUACCUCGAGAGGAAGGCCUUCUCCUUCGCAGCCACCGCCAUUACCGAAGCGCUGGUGAGCCGACUGCGGAUGUGCUAUGUACCUUACGACCACGGUGAGCCAGCUGAGGAUGGCGAGCUAGGCGAUGAGUGGCAGAUUGAGGAGGAGCCGACCAGCUGCGAGGUGGACAGCUGGGCCCGCAUGCAUCUUCCGGUUCGGCGGCUUGCCAAGCCCGACGAGGCGGGCGGCAAGGCUCCGAAGCUGCGCCGAAACCAGGGCGGAAGCCGGCCGAAGGCGACCUCCAGCUUCCACCGGGAG